AUGAAAGAAAACAAGCUCUCCGCGUUUGCGAUGGACCGACUUUUACGAUACGCAGACGUCCCUCUACACACGAGGGACACGCUGCCGUCGUUCCUGGAAUCCGAACCGGAGAAGGUGAAGUUUGUGAUGUUCUCGUCGAGGUCGUCGACGCCGCCGGCGUUGCUGAAACGCGCGGCGACGGAGUACGAAGACGACGUCUCGUUUGCGAGAGUGAUUCACGCCUCGGCGGAUGCGAGUUAUUGGAUAAAAAAAUUUAACGUCGUCGCGCCGCCGGCGGUGCUCGUGAUGAAAGAGGGGAACGCGCGCGUCGUCGAGCACGAGGUGUCGGGUAAGGACAAGCUGAAAGCGUUGCUCAUCGAGCACAAGCUCCAGACGCUCCCGCAGCUCAGGGUGUCGAACGUGAAGUCCGUCGGGUGUCAGCCUGGAGGCUUGGUGCAAACGUGCGUCGUUCUCCUCGGCGUCCGCGGUUUGGACGCAUUCGAGCGCGCGCGUUCGACGCUUCGCGACGCGAAAGCAUCGCUUCAGUCGACGACUGAAGACUUCGCGACGUUAUCGACAGCGCUCGAGGCGAAGGAACUCGCGUUCGCGUGGGUCGACGCGAAGACGCAGGCGAGCUUCUGCAGAGCUUUCUUCGCGCCGAGCGACGCGGCCGGCGCGGCGGCGUGCGGGAAAGCGAACGCGAAGCCGCGCGUCGUCGCCAUGCGAUUCACGCACGGGCCGGAUGUGAUCGAGCACGCGGUGUACGACGGCGAGAUGGACGCGCGCGCGAUUCUGUCGUGGGUCGCGAAAACCUCCGACGCGGAAGGCGGGUCCCUUCGCGAGGCGAACCGCGGGGAUGCCCGCUUUCCCGAGCUGACCGCUCCUAAACCGAGCGCGAUCGAAUCCCUUCGCGAGUGGAAGACGGACGCGACCGCGACCGCGUACGACCUCGCCGAGGAGCUGAUGUACAUCUGCGUCGAAUCCGGGCCGGUCGCGCCGAUGUUCUUGUUGAUCGUCGGGCUGUUGGUUCCCUCGUUUGUGCGUCGCCCGAAAAAGAGCAAACGCGUGAAGAAGAAGCGCGAGGUGGACGACGACGCGGUGGUGGACUGGAGCGACGACGACACGCUCGCGUCGUUGAAAGGAUCGCAGAGCGGUAUGGUGGUGGUGAUGCUCGUGGACGGGUUUAAGACUGACCAAGAGGUGUUCAAACGUUUACGCGGGUCGUUUUGGCGUGAACCGAUUCUCAGUUUCGGCACGGUGAACAUCGCGAAGGUCCACGCGUGGGCGGAGUUCGCGGAGACGAUCGGCGCGGCCGCCUCCACGAUCGUGAUAUGGCACCCGUCGCGGACGAAGUAUCGGAUAAUAGGAAACGGCGAGACUCCGCACCCAGAGCUGUGCUCGAAGAUCGAGCAGUUCCUCGACGGGAUCUCCGGGGAUCUCUGGGUGGAAGGCAACUGGCCUUCUACUUCUAACAACUAG